GGAGAGGCGGCGGCGGCCUCGGCUGAAGAAAGAAGGCGGUAGCGAAGAGCGCAAGCGCGGAAGAAAACACAGAUGCUCUUUGCCAAUCCAGACAAAUGGCCUCUGCUUAAGUUCCUCUUCAUUAAUUAGCAUGAAGACAGCCAGUGUGGUGACUAAAUUUGGAGUCAGAGGCUUUUAAAGGACCCUGGCACCUUCGGUCUAACAGGAAUCAGGACAAAGCCACCAUCGUUCACCCCGUUUCCGCACAUGCCCGACAAUGACUUCUGUCCCAGGCUAACCAGAAAGGCCAUGGGCGCUGAGGGAGCCCCCGAGAGCCAGCUGUGCACCCAGAACCUCCUCGUCCUGGUCUCCAUCUUCUUCAGCCUGGUGGCCUCCCUCGACUGGAAAACUCCCCAUAGCCAGGAUCCCUUUGAGAAAUGCAUGCAUGAUCCUGACUAUGAGGUGCUGCUCAAGGUCGUGACCUUGGGCCUCAAUCGGACCUCAAAGCCCCAGAGGGUGAUUGUGGUUGGUGCUGGUGUGGCUGGGCUGGUAGCUGCCAAGGUGCUCAGUGAUGCCGGACACAAGGUCACCAUCCUGGAGGCAGACAACAGGAUUGGAGGCCGCAUCCUCACCUACCGGGACCGGAAGACAGGCUGGAUCGGGGAGCUGGGAGCCAUGCGGAUGCCCAGCUCGCACAGGAUCCUCCACGAGCUCUGCAAGAGUCUGGGACUCAACCUGACCAAAUUCACUCAGUAUGAUGAGAACACGUGGGUAGAGGUCAACAGCCUGAAGCUGCGGAACUACGUGGUGGAGAAGAUGCCCGAGAAGCUGGGCUACAAGCUGCGCCCCAAGGAGAAGGGCCACUCGCCCGAAGAAAUCUACCAGAUGGCUCUCAACCGGGCCCUCAAAGAUCUCAAGACACUGGGCUGCAGAAAGGCAAUGAAGAAGUUUGAAAAGCACACGCUCCUGGAAUACCUCCUCGGGGAGGGGAACUUGAGCCAGGCGGCCGUGCAGCUCCUGGGAGACGUGAUGUCCAAGGACGGCUUCUUCUAUCUCAGCUUCGCCGAGGCCCUGAGGGCCCACAGCUGCCUCAGUGACCGGCUCCGGUACAGCCGCAUCGUGGGCGGCUGGGACCUGCUGCCGCGCGCGCUGCUGAGCUCGCUGUCCGGGCCGGUGUUGCUGCACGCGCCUGUCGUGACGAUAACGCAGGGGACGCACGAUGUGCGCGUGCACAUCGGGAGCUCGCGCCGGGCCGGGAGUCUGAAGGCCGUGACCGGGGAUGUGGUGCUGCUGACGGCGAGCGGGCCGUCGCUACAGCGCAUUACCUUCUCGCCGCCGCUGACGCGCAGGCGGCAGGAGGCGCUGCACGCGCUGCACUACGUGCCGGCCACCAAGGUGUUCCUGAGCUUCCGCCGGCCCUUCUGGCACGACGAGCACAUCGAGGGCGGCCACUCGAGCACCGCCCGCCCGUCGCGCGUGAUCUUCUAUCCGCCGCCGGGCGAGGGCGCGCUGCUGCUGGCUUCGUACACGUGGUCGGACGCGGCGGCCCCCUUCGCCGGCCUGAGCCAGGACGAGGCGAUGCGCUUGGCGCUCGACGACGUGGCGGCGCUGCACGGGCCGGUCGUGUACCGGCUCUGGGACGGCAGCGGCACAGUCAAACGCUGGGCCGACGACCCGCACAGCCAGGGCGGCUUCGUGGUGCAGCCGCCGACGUUCUGGAAAGAAGACGGGGACGACGGGCGGGACGACGGGCAGGACUACGACUGGGCAGUCCCCUUCGGCCGCAUCUACUUCGCCGGUGAGCACACGGCCUACCCGCACGGCUGGGUGGAGACUGCUGUCAAGUCGGCGCUGCGCGCGGCCGUGUUGAUCAACAGCCGAGAGGGGCACGCGCUGGGCAACAACCAGGAGGGGCUCCCGCGCCUGCAGCCCAGCCGUCCCCAGUGCGAGUUCCAAAAGGACAGUGCCACCCACACUCCGGCCCCACUUAGGAUGACCGCUCGGCACACCACCAAGAGACCCGAGCAUUAAAAAUGUAUUUUCA